AUGUAUGCUGUCCAGACAGCCAACAUGCUGAGCACAGAUCGAUAUGCUCUUCUGAGCCACACGCCAGUUGCUUUUUUUUUAAUACAGGGAAGAAUUGAGUGUAACUCCUUGGACAGUGAAGAUGUUUUAAAGCGGGGAAAGACAGAUUGCACGAUUGACAAGCCCAUUUUCAAGGGCAACUCUAAGGCUCUCUUCAUCGUCUCCUAUGGGAUUGGAAUCACCAGUGAACUUGACAGGAAGCUCUUUAUCACGGCAAAUGCCACCAGUGGGAAUGAAGUGCGCUCCAGUUCAAGCGAUCUCUACAAAAUGAAAGAGAUUGAUGUAAAGUACAGCAUCUUUGUUACAAUUGAAAGCUCCCUCAGCUACAACAAUUUCUCCUUUGGAAAGAGUAAUUUGGAGAAACAAGUCAAGCAGUCAAUCAAGGUCACAAAUGUAAACAGGGUGCUGAAUUUCACAGUGGUGAUCAGGGUUCCAGUAAAGCUCGGCAACAAAGACAUCUGGGUGGAUUUGAAGAGUCUGCAGAUCGCAAACUGUCAAAGAGGUCAAGACGAACAGCCUGCUGUCCGAGACUUUGUUGCUCAGAUACAGAAAACAAAGUCAGUGGACUGCUCUGUAGCCUGGUGUACAGUGUUCAGGUGCAAUAAGUUCAUGGGAAGAGGGGAGAGUGCGACCUACAAUAUCUCUGCCAACGUUAGCUCACAGUGGAUCGAGCAGAUCGGACUUCAAUCUGCUAAAUUCCUCUUGACCAGCACGGCGAGCCUGGAUUACGACACAAACCAGUAUAUCCUGUUUUCAGCGAGAUCUAACAACAACCCCCCUGUUCAGAAGAUUGAGGCAGAAAUAGAAGUGUAUCCUGAACCAGAUUUCACCAAAGAGAUUGUCGGAGGAUCGCUGGGAGGGUUGGCUUUCCUAGCUUUACUCACAGCCGGCCUGUAUAAGGCUGGAUUUUUCAAGAGUAAAUACAAUCAGAUGAUAAGUGAAAGUGCAGAAGGAGAGGAGGAUCCUGGGGCCGAUGAAGAUGCAGCCUGAGCAAAAUAGAAUAAUGUAAAAUAUCUGUGUGAGCAAUUAUUUUAGACGCAAGCUUUUUGUGGAGAGACGCUGAAGGCCACAUAUAGCAAUUUGUAACGUCAAAUGUGUUUGAGUAUUUUUAGAAUGUUAUCAGUAUGUUUCCUUGCUGUCAGACAGUCCUCUAUGAUGGGAAACAAAUUGAUGUGUGAGUCUAUGCUUUCUUCAUAGCCCUCAAUG